GAUGCCAGUAUGGACAGAAUAGCUUAUGAUGCUUAUCCCCACCCACCACUUCCGAGACAUUGAGCGGAAGCCAGAGUACCUCCAGCCAGAGAAGUGUGUCCCACCUCCCCACCCCGGUCCUGUGGGAACCAUGUGGUUUAUCCGUGACGGCUGUGGCAUUGCCUGCGCCAUUGUCACCUGGUUUCUGGUCCUCUAUGCGGAGUUUGUGGUCCUCUUUGUCAUGCUGAUUCCAUCCCGAGACUACGUGUACAGCAUCGUCAACGGAGUCGUGUUCAACCUGCUGGCCUUCUUGGCCCUGGCGUCCCAUUGCCGGGCCAUGCUGACGGACCCCGGGGCGGUGCCCAAAGGAAAUGCCACUAAAGAAUUCAUCGAGAGUUUACAGCUGAAGCCUGGACAGGUGGUGUACAAGUGUCCGAAAUGCUGCAGCAUCAAGCCCGACCGAGCCCACCACUGCAGCGUUUGUAAGCGGUGUAUUCGGAAGAUGGACCACCACUGUCCCUGGGUCAAUAACUGUGUCGGCGAGAACAACCAGAAGUACUUCGUCCUGUUUACAAUGUACAUAGCUCUCAUUUCCUUGCACGCCCUCAUCAUGGUGGGAUUCCACUUUCUGCACUGCUUUGAAGAAGACUGGACAAAUCUGCUGCAAGCCUACGGACUGACCAGGGAAGGGACAGCAGAGGCCCGAAUCUCGCUUCAUGAAAAAAAGCAGCCCCCUAAAGUCAGUUCCACAGAGUGCAGCUCCUUCUCACCACCUACCACAGUGAUCCUCCUCAUCCUGCUGUGCUUUGAGGGGCUGCUCUUUCUCAUUUUCACAUCUGUGAUGUUUGGGACCCAGGUGCACUCCAUCUGCACAGAUGAAACGGGCAUCGAGCGCCUCAAACGAAAGCACCAGCCCAGGGAGCGCAGGGGCAGCUGGAAGUCGGUGAAAGAGACCUUUGGUGGGGACUUCUCCCCGAGCUGGCUCAACCCCUUCUCCGGACCGUGCGACCCAAAGCCUCUCCGUGACAGGGACUGGGUGCGGCAGGCGGCCUCGCUGUCCGACACGGACAACACGGAGACCACGGAGGAGCAGUCGGAGGAGAGGAAGGACGAGGACUCCGUGGAGGUGACAGAUGAGUGACGCCGCCGUGGGGGGAGAGCCAGGCACUGAAAGGCCACUGGCAACCUGGCUGCAGGCGUCGUGGCCCCGGCGUGGCCGUGACGCGCCGCCCCGCACCCCUGCCCCCCUGCCGCUCCCCGCGGGCCGCUCACGGCCUCUGCCAUCCCCUGUACCCCUCCUCCUCUCCCCAGGUUGGGCCAGGUCUUGGCGGGGGGACUAGAGCGUGACAGGAGGAUGAGGGACUCUCAGAGGCCAUCCAAGGAGGGUCUGCCCAGAGCGGGAUUGGGUGUCCUUCCGAGACGGGGCGUCCCUGCACCUGGCACAGCCUCGCCAGCAAAGGAAGCUCGGAUCGGGGCAGAAAAGAACUUGCCUUUGGCUUUUCUUGGGAUGUCUGUCUUCUCUUGGGAAGGUUGGGCCCUGGCUCCUGGCUUUUGAGAACGACGGCCAUGAUGUUAGGAUGGAAGGACAGAGCAGGGCUGGCCUUGGGGACCUGGGGUGGGACGCUGACAUCAGGACAGACCAGCCCAGAAAGGUUGCAGGAUCCCAGCUGUUCCCCGGCGAGGCUCCCCUCCACCCCCGAGCUUGUCUAAACCAGGAGAAGGACGCGGCUGCCAUAGCGACCUGCGCGGCUCGGGCUUGGUGUGAGGGGGACCCCAAACCGGGCUAGACACACACACGUGCGGGCCGUGCCCAGGUCGGAAACACGGGUCAGGACAGUAACCGUGUCACAACAGAGGUGCCAAAACUCAGUCCCCAUUCCGUUCCACAGACCCUAGAAUCGUCACUGAGGUGGACAGCUUGGAGCCGUCCAGAGGUGGGGAGGGGGAGAGGACCUGUGGAGAUGGGGACUCUCUGGCCUCCCCCUGACAGCUUAGUUCACUUGCCCUCUGGACAGAGUCUCACAUGGGCAUGAACUGCCCAGAAAUCUGUCCGGCCUGUGUUUUAAGCCACUUCUCACAAGGUGGGGACCAUUUUGUCUGAGAGGGUGGGUGGUGGCCAGGGACUGCAGACCGGCGAACCGGGAAGACAGACAGACAGACGGACACACACACACAGCCCACACUCUACCAGGAUGAGCCUGGUUGAGGCCCAGGGUUACCUACUCGGAGGGGUCGGUGGUCCCAGAGCCACCCGUCCUAAUCCCAGUGCAGAGCCCUGGGAGGACAUCCCACGAGGAUGGCAGGGACCUAGAGCCACCAGGCCGCAGGCCUAUCCUCCUGGUCCGUAUCAGCUUUAGUAUUUACUCAUGACGAUGGCCCGAGCCCUGGUCGGCUCUGAAGGCUGUUCCCUCGCAGUCUGGGCAGGGCGAGGCCACUAGCCACUCUGGGAGAGCCCUUGCCCAUCACGGAGGCCUGUUAUUUGCUGUCCUAACCCGGAAGGCAGCCCCCGGGCCACCAGCAUGGCCAACUGUAUACCAAAGACUCCACACCACAGAGAAAAGUAAUGCCCCCCCGGAGCCCCGGAGGAGGCAGCCGUUAGAAUAAGGGAAGGGGGUCCCCUGGUCACCGCUGGCAACGUCAGGCCCGUGGUCACAGGGGUGCUGAGGCUCCAGCAGCCCCCCUGAGCCAGCUCUGAGUGCCCGGUGGCUUCGGAGGCCUGUUACCUGCGGUCAGACCCCGUUCGGGGGGUCCGGACGGGGCCACGCGGGUGCUGAUCCGUCCAACCCCGAGCUUCCUGUCCUCGCUGUCCUCCUGUCACCACCCACACGGUGGCCUUCCCUCUGCAGCGGCUGUUGAGAGCCUAACACUGUGCUUGCCUCAAACUGACAGGAUCGUAGCUGUUGUCAAAACGACCAGGGCCACAGGGAGGGAGGCUGGGCGCAAACCUCCACCUCGUGCUCUGAAUAAAAAGCUCUUUGCUUGA